GCGAGCGAGCCCCAUUCAGUCCGCCGGAUUGCCACCUCUCUCUCCUCGCUCUCCGCCGCUCCAUCGCGCCCCUUCGCUCUUUUGCACCUGUGCAAGUGUGUGUUUCUCCCGCGGUGCGUGCUGUGUGCGCGAGCCUGUGUGUGCGUGAGCGGGGCACUGGGUGCACUGGUAUUGGGGCAUCGGUGAGUGGGGCGCGCGCGCGCUUUUGCCUGCCGCAGCAUCGCAGUCGGCAUCGCAGCCGGCGUCGGCGCUGGCGUCGCCGUCGACGUUUGUUGUUUGCGCCUAACAAACACUCGCAGCGGUUUUUGUGCUGACUUUAGAUUUUAGUUUUGCUGAUACCGUAAGAGAUAAAUGACGUGCCGCCGCGGAGCGACGAAGUAGCGGCCCAAAACAGAAGAAACAGAAGCCCAGCAGCCAAAACACAAACUGUUAAACAGCAAAAAAUAAGAGAGAAAAACAGAAGCAACAAGCCAAUGUUUGUUCGGCCCACGAGCAAACAUAAUGUAACAGCUAAGAAAUAGCAAAAUGUGUCUAAGUUUAAGCCAGCAAGUUAGUCCAAAAACGUCCGCGAUUAGUGCAAAAGAGUUCAAAAUGUUAUGAAAGUUUUCGAAAUCAAUCAAAUACCUCAGCCGCAAAAGGAAGUAGAAACAAACAAGCAACGAACCGAGUGCAAAAACUUAGUGCAAUUUCGCCAAAAGAAAGUAAAUCCCCCCGAGAGCAGGCAUAAGAAUCAUGUCUAGAGUGUGAAACGCUGCGUAUACGCAAUAUCGCCGAACCUUAGCGCAGACAUCACGCAUACGCCGCGUCGUGCAAAAUGAUUAUGGUGCAACAUUUGGUGGCCGCCUCGGCGCACAACUUCGCCAGCCAGGCGGCGGCGGCCCUCGUCAAUGUGUCCGGCUCCAGUUCCAGCUCUAGUUCCAGUUCGAGUUCGAGCUCCUCCUCCUCGCUGUCCCUGUCGUCCUCCUCCUCCAGCUCCUCGCUGUCGUCCGCCACGCCCACGCCGGUGGCCUCGCCCCUGACGCCCACAUCGCCACCGCCGGCAGCGGCCGCCCCCGCAGAAGCCUCGCCGCCAGCAGGAGCUGAGUUGCAGGAGGAGCACCAGGAGGAUGCAGCGGAAAAGGAUCGGGAGGAAAAGAAGCAGGAGGAGGCGGCGGAGGAGCUCCAGGGGGCGGAACCAGGUGCCAUAGUUGAUACCGAGUCAGUGAUGGCGCGGCAAAGUCCAAGUCCAGCUGCGUCCACCAAAGUCCCCGAGUCACUAGAAGAGAUUUCCCCGAAGUCGCCGCCACCCAAGAAGGAGCAGGAGCAGGAGGUGGAGGAGGAGGAGUCCGAGUCCGUGGCCUCCGACUGUCGCGAGUUCAAAGUGCUCUACAAUCACCUGCGGCAGCAGCAGCAUCACCACGCCCCCUCUCCCGCCCCCUCAUCGCCAGACAAGACGCGCAGCACCCUGGACGAUGUGUCCAAGAUCCUCUGGGAGCGCAAGCAGCAGCUGCAGCGCAGCUCGGUGAUCACCGCGGCGCCCACCUUGCACCACCAGCAGGCCCAGCAGCAGCCGAUGAGCGACAUCGAGGACGAGGAGACGCUGGAGGACGUGGACGACGCGGACGCCGACGUGGAGGCGGAUGCCGAGGACGAGGAGCUGCUGGAGCAGUACCAGGACGGCUACGACUCGCCGCUGGACCUCUCGCUGGGCAGUGCCACCAGUGUGGCCGCCUCAGCCGCCGCUGCAGCCGCUGCCGCCUCGGCGGCCAGUCGCAGGAGGGGACGCACCUACUCCGGCACGGAGUCCGACGACUCCGCGCAGUGCGAGCGGGCGAGGAUGCGCCUCAAGCCGGAGCGCAAGGCGGAGCGAUCGGCGGCCUACAAGAAGAGCUUGAUGAAGCGAUACUACACUGAAAUUCCUAUUGUCAAACAAUCGACGAGUCCGGCUCCGCAGCAGCAACACCAGCAACAGCAGCACCUGCAGCAGCACCAGCAGCAGCCGCACAAUGCGACAUCCUUCUCCGGCGCCACCGCCCUGCUGCACAUCAAGACGGAGCAGAACGCGCUGCUCACGCCGCUCCAGCUGCAGCAGCAGCAGCAACAGCAGCAGCAGCAGCACGGCCUGCACGGGGCAGCGGGCAACGGUGGCAGCAACAACGGCAACAGUGCCCACCAGCAGCAACAGCCGCUGGCCAUACCGCACCGCCCGCUGCUCCACAACCUGCUCAGCGGCGGUGCCAUCCACAAUCCGCACCACAGAAACUACACGACGGCCACAACAGGUUCAUUUCCGCCCAGUCCCGCGGACAGCGGCGUCUCCGACGUGGACAGCUCCAGUUCCGGCGGCCAGCCCUGCGCCGACGAGCUGAAGGCGCGUCUCGGGAUGCCGGCGGCCACCUCGGCGUCGGCCGCAGCAGCGGCGGCGGCAGCGGCAACGGCAGCGGCACACCUGCACACGGGCACCUUUCUGCAUCCGAAUUUAUACCAGAACAAUGCGGCGAAUUCGCUGCGGAACAUAUGGAAUCGCAGUGUUGGGGUGCCCGACAACUACUACGGAAGCAGUGCCGCCGGCAGCGGGGGCGGCCAGCCAGGUGGGCCGGGCAACCCCCAGGCACCGGGCUACCUGCCAACGUCCUACUUCAACGCCCCGUCAGCAGCGGCGGCGGCGGCGUCCCAGCGUGGCACCACCAUCAACGGCUAUCAUUCCCUGCACCAGCAGCAGCAGCAGCAGCAACAGCAGUCGCAGCAAUCGCAGCAGCAGCAACUGGCUCACCAGCAACUGUCGCACCAGCAGCAGCAGGCGUUGCACCAGCAACUGUCGCACCAACAGCAGCAGCAGCAGCAACAACAGCAGCAACAGCAGCAGCAGCAACACCCGCACUCGCAGCUGAACGGUCCGCAUCCGCACUCCCAUCCGCAUUCGCAUCCGCAUCCGCACGCGGGCCAGCACACGCAUUCCACAAUCGCUGCAGCGGCAGCGGCAGCGGCGGCCUCCGUGGUCAGCAGCAGCAGCAGCGCCGUUGCAGCGGCGGCCAUGCUGAGCGCCAGUGCAGCGGCAGCGGCGACGGCAGCGGCGGCGGCGGCGGGCGGAUCCCAGAGCGUCAUCCAGCCGGCGACGUCCAGCGUCAGCUACGAUCUCUCCUACAUGCUGGAGCUGGGCGGCUUCCAGCAGCGCAAGGCGAAGAAGCCGCGCAAGCCCAAGCUGGAGAUGGGCGUGAAGCGGCGCAGCCGGGAGGGCUCCACCACCUACCUGUGGGAGUUCCUGCUGAAGCUGCUGCAGGACCGCGAGUACUGCCCGCGCUUCAUCAAGUGGACGAACCGGGAGAAGGGCGUCUUCAAGCUGGUGGACUCGAAGGCGGUGUCCCGCCUGUGGGGCAUGCACAAGAACAAGCCGGACAUGAACUACGAGACGAUGGGCAGGGCGCUGCGCUACUACUACCAGCGCGGCAUCCUGGCCAAGGUGGACGGCCAGCGGCUGGUAUACCAGUUCGUGGACGUGCCCAAGGACAUCGUGGAGAUCGACUGCAACGGCGUGUGAGGUCGGGAUAGGAGGAUAAGGAUGCCUGUCCAUAUGGGCACGGCAAUGGGUUCUGGGUGGGGUAAAUCAACCGGCUAGCGGCAAUAGUGGCUGAAGGCCACGCGAGUUAGGGGCUUCUUGUACAUGCGUUGAGUUUCUCGAGGUUAGCCAGCGAUAAGCAUAAGAUACACCUAGCGGAUAGUCCCAAUACGCGUACGCAUAUACUUAUAAAUAUAUUCACACCCUGUGUCCUGUACCCUAUACAUACACCCAGCUAAACCGGCGGAAAAUAAUGAUCUAUUCAUUGGCGUUAGUGUUGUACUGUAACUGUAGCUCUAAUUGUAAACCGUAUCUGUAAUGAAUAUUGUUAUUAUUGGUUAUUAUUAUGAUUAUACUAUUAUUAUUAUUACUGCUAUUGCUGCGGCGGAAGAGGGCCGAGUUGAUUCAUAUUGAUAUUCGAUAGAUGUGUGUAAUAUGUAAAUGAGUGCGACCCAUAUAGCUGCAAGAAAUUCUCUAUCUCUACUGAUCUAACUCUAAUGUAUAUGAGUAUGUAUAUGCCUAGCCUAAUGCCCUUUCAACUGUCCCCAGCCCGCUGCCCAAGGACAGCACAGUGCAGAGGAUGUACCCUUACAUUGUACACUCCCUGACAUGCGGAUCUGGGCGAUCCGUGGGUGUCUGUGCUUGGGCUAUUGUUUUUGUUGCUUAUUUUAUAAAGAAGAGAGAUGGAAAUUUAUUAUUUCAUAGUUUUAGCUACUUGUACGACUACGUUAGGCUAUUUAUUUAAGUGUUUCUCCAGCUAAACCCAUUAACUUCCCCCUACCGCAAGUAAAAUCACACGCAUCCUAACUGGAGCUAGGACCCAGACAACUGGUGGUCUAAACUUUCUUGUAAUUAUUAUUUGAUAAGUUUUGUAUAUUUACAACACCAACAGCAAAAACUCACAGGAUAACCGGAAGUAGAAAGCACUCCCUGAGCCAUCGUUUAAGCAGUCCUAGAACACGAACCAACUCCUCUUUCUCCCGUCUGAUGUUUAUUUAUAAAGUUAAACUACCGUAUUCUUGUUAACGUCACACUGCCACAAAUCGAAACAAGCCCUAUGGACCGGAACAGAUCCCAACAGACAACCGAACAGAACCGAGAUACUGACCGUAGUUUCUACAAUACUGCUACCGCAAUCCUCAAUGCAAUAACCACAACUUCUACAAUAACUUCCAAACACUGCCCAAAACGUGCAAUCUCUUUAAGGGAAACCUUGAAUAGGAAAGAGAAUAAAACCACUCCUAGUUCUUUAAUCUAUUUCUUUAAUAGUUGCGUUCUCUAAGUACCUUUAUCUAUUAUUAUUAUUAUGUGUACGUGAAGAUGAAAUCUACAAUAUAUCAUUUUGUUUAUGAUGAUUGGUGAUUGAUGAUGCAAAUAAACAAAGUGAGUCUUGAGUUCAACUCUGUUCAUUGUAAACAAUUUUUUAUGAUUAUUUUUUAUUUUUUAAAUAAAAUUAUUAUUUCAAUG